CUGUUUGAUGGUCAAACCCGCUGAACCCCCACCGAUGGAGCGCGCCGAUGGAGCAACCAACCGCGGCCAAGCGCGCGAAGACCGGGGCCAGCGGCACACCGGUCUUCGUGUGCGAGUACCACGAUGAGGCCCUGCGGUGCUUGCACUUUGGCAUCCGCCGCCGCAAGGUGCCCUUUGAGGGUCUCACCAUGGUCCACUUCGAUGCGCAUCCGGAUCUGUCGGCCUCCACCACCCUGCCGGCGGAGCUGAUCUUGGAAGACCCCCACCAGGUGUACUACGCCUUGCGAAACGACGUGGCGGGCAUUGCGCAGUGGAUUCUGCCUGCAGCCUAUGCUGGACACUUGAGCUGUGUUUGGUGGCUACGCCCUGCCUGGGCGCAGCAGAUCGCCGAUGGCGACUACCGUGUUCAGGUGGGACGCGCCCUGGCGCCGGUGAAGGCCGUGCGCCGAGCCGCGCAAGGCCCAGAGGCAAAGCGUUUGCCAACGGAGAAGGUGCCCGAGAAGACACUGGAAGAGCCGGCGCAGGUGGGCGAGGUGGACAUGGUGGAAUCCAUCAAGAUCAGCUGCGCCGAGCCCUACUUCGUGGAGGACGACAUCUACCGCCCGCCCGCGGAGCUCCGGGCACCGCGGCCACUGCGGCUGGCGGUGUCGCAGCUGGACGGGACGCCGCCCGUGCAGCUGGGCAGUGAGGAGCCGUGGAUUCUGGAUGUCUGCUUGGACUUCUUCGCGUGCGGCAAUCCCUUCCUCACCCAGGCAACGUGGUCCCCCGCGCGUUCACCCGAAAGGUCGCACGUCCGAAGAACGCGGCCUGGAGGUCCGUGCGGAGAUCGCACGACCCUUCAGCGAGGUGCUGAACGCCGCGAGCUUCCGGUCAGGCUCUGUGCUGGACGUCGCGGCGUUCCUCCGCGCGCGCGACGCCUUCGACGCGGCCUAUGACCAGCUGCUGACCGAGGUGGAGG